CAGAGCCCCCGAUCCGCCAGCACCACCUGAGGAUCCGGAAACCGCCCCAGCGAUGGAAGAGGAUCAGGAGCUGGAGAGGAAAGCAAUAGAAGAACUGCUUAAGGAGGCAAAACGUGGGAAAACUAGAGCUGAAACAAUGGGACCCAUGGGUUGGAUGAAGUGUCCUCUUGCUAGCACCAAUAAAAGAUUUCUAAUUAACACAAUUAAAAACACAUUGCCCUCUCAUAAAGAGCAAGACCAUGAACAAAAAGAGGGCGAUAAGGAACCAGCGAAGAGCCAGGCCCAGAAAGAAGAAAACCCGAAGAAACACAGAAGCCAUCCUUACAAGCACAGCUUCCGCGCUCGAGGUUCCGCCGGUUACUCCCCGCCACGAAAGCGCAGCAGCCAGGACAAGUACGAAAAGCGGUCCAACCGGCGGUGAGGCUGGAACCAGGGCCAGCCAGCCCUGCGGGCCUCCGUGCUCCUUCGGGGGUGUGGUGUGCAGAGAAGGCAUGAGCUGGCAGGGCAAACACCUGAGAGUGACUUUGACAGUAGGUCCUUUGUUGUUUUUAAAGAGGCUGCUGGCCACGGGAAAAAAUGACCUAGCAACUCUUGAGGAAACAAGUACAAAGGAGGAUGUCUUGGCAAGUUUAAGGCACUUCCGCAGUGUAGUAGACAUACAUAUUGUUGUUUAUCUUGUUUGGAAGUGUGUUUCAAAAUAAACAUGUCUAGAAUUUAAAGUUUUCAGAGAUUGUUAAAACUAGUUCCAAUUUUUUGGUCAUUUCUCAGAAAAAUAAAAUACUUAUAAAUCCUAUAUGUUACUUUUUGGGGGUAUCACAUUUAAAAUUUAGAAAUCAUCAGUCCAGUGACCAUAUUAUGAAAAGCUGUAGCCCUCCAAGGUCUGGGAAUUUAUUGAGAAGCUCUUUGAUAGCCCUGCAUUUGUUUUCCCUUAGGUGAACAAUGUAGGAAAUCCUCAAAGUGGCUUUGAAUUUAAUGCUCCACUUCAGUUACCAGAGGUUAAAAAAUGGGUUUUGUUGUUUCCUGUGCAUUCUCAAACUCAUUUAUUAGAUAGAACAAUCUUUCUAUAUUUAAUUUUUUUAAUAUAUAGGUCUUAAGUGGUGCUUUAAAAAGAACCCUUACAAGUUAAAAAUUAACAGUUGUUUCAGUGCUAGAUCUUACCAGCUAAAGACUUGUGAUCCCACAAUAUAGUAUAGUUGUUCCAGAAAUCUUUGUUUUAAAUAGAAGUGUUUACAAUGCCUUUUUUCCCCCAGUAUUGGUUUUCAAUACCUGUUUUCAUAUACAAUUACAAACCUUUCAAACCUGUAUUCCUUCUUUAUACUCAGGAAAAUGUCACCAAGCACCCUCCUCCCCAGUCCCCUCCCCAGUUUUCCGAAGUGUCUAAGCAUAUGCCUGGCUGUCCUCAGAUCAUCACCAUGCCACAUCCCUGCUCCCCACUUCCUGGCAGCCAAGAAAAGCCCUUUCUACAUGCUAGAAGGAAAUACAUCCAAAAAGUUAGCAUCGGAGUGUUAGAAACUAGAAUAGACCUCUCUGCCACCAAGCUGCUGUGUCACACCCUCAGCCUGCUAGAGAGUGACAAACCCAAAUCAUUCUUGAUCCACCCCUUCUCCCACCCCAGAUCCCAGGGACUCAUCCUGUGACUUUGUAACCACAAUCAUUCCUUUCAAACACAGAGGAGGAAUUAUUGCUUCAUCUGACUUUAUUCAAAUCUAGUUAUGUAUGAGCCUAAAUUAUUUGUGCAAAAUUUGAAAUGUUUUUUAUUCAAAUAUUAGAAAUAGCACAAAGUCAUGGAGUUUUUAAAAAUUGUUAUAAUUAAGUAAAAAUAAAGCUGAAUUGUGUCA